AGCUACACGACGUCGUCUCGUAGCUGCUAUAGAACGGCGUCGUUUAAUCUGCCGUCCUCUUUUAUUUCCUUUCCCGCCACCUUACAAUUUUACAGUCUUAAAUCGCAACUUCAGAAACACACUUUUAUCUCUGCAACACCAAAAAUAUAACAAUGGAGAAUUUGAAAAACAGAUGGAGCAUAACCUACACGAAACACAUGAAACAAAAGAGAAAAAUCUAUCAAGACGGUUUCUUAGACCAUCACAUUUCAACCAACAAGGUCAAGCUUUUUGAUGAUUGCGAGAAGCUACUGGAAUGCAAGAUAUUAAAGAGUGAAGAAGUCGUCAAAUCCGGUGAAACGCUGACGUUUGGUAGUUACUUAGUUGAUGUUGGAGAUCCUGAAGGCGAGGUUAAUUUUGAUCAUAAGAAAACUAUGACAAAACCUAAUUUGAAUUUGCAUAGUAUGGAUAAGAAAAUCGAUGAGACGCCUAGACCUAGUUUGAUUCUUCGUCGAAAGAAGUUUCGAAGUCCUUCGAUUCAAAAUUCUUCUUCUGUGGAUAAAAAGGAUGAUGUGGUGGAAAGGAAUAUUCCGGUGAAUAAUAUAAGUCCGUCGAAGAAAAUGAUAAGAGAGUUCAAGAAGAGUGAAGUGCAAAGAUAUGAAGCAUUUCAGAGCUGUCCAGAGACGGUAAAAACCGAGGAAACAGAAUGGCAAGUCAUGUACACAACUCAGAUGACUCAAAAGGCUAAGAAAUAUCAUGAUGGCUUCUUGAGGCUUGCAAAUAAUGGAUCCUUUGGGAGGCAGAUUAUGCUAUAUGAUGAAAGAAGGGAACUUUUAGGUACUAGGUUUCUCAAGAAAGAUGAGCUAAUAAGAUCUUAUGAAUCCAUAAAAUUUGACGCUCAUUUGGUGGAUAUUGGAGAACCUGAAAGGAAAAGUCGGCUUUCUGGUGAUUUGGGCAUUCAAGAAAACUUUGUUAAUGUUGUGGGCAAAAAUGGGAUAAAAAAUGGACACCAGAAUCAUCUUGAAGCCAACAGAUCUAAGUUCAAUGAGAAAGAGUGGUAUGUUCUUUACACUAGUCAGAUAACUCAGAAGGCCAAGAAGUACCACAGUGGCAUCCUUAGGCUUGCUUCUUGUGGUUCUUACAGAAUGCAGUUAACGUUACUAGACGAAGAUAAAACCAUCCUGAGCAGUAAAUUCAUCAGUAUAUCUGAAGAUGUAAAUAGCGGAUGUGCAAUUGUGCUGCCAAAAUAUCUAGUGGAAGUUGGUGAGCCACAUCAUCCCAAAGUUUUAUCGACUUAUGCAGACACCUCAAACAGUGCUUGUUCAAGCAAAGAUGCAAGUUCAAAUUUAAACAUGUCCAACAUAGGGACAGAAAAGGUUCAAAAAAUAGCUCAGUCAGGGGAGGGUGCAGAUUUGGGCAGGACCCAGACAAACGUGAUUGCUACGACAAACAAAUCCUUACGCGGCAUUCAUCAGAUCUUGUCCAUUCUCCAAAAGCCUAUUAUUAAGGACAGUGUUGAUGUGGUGAGUUCUGACAAGAACAUGACUGAACCAGUUUCCUCUGCUAAGUGUCAAGUCUCAGAUACCGAGUCUCAUCUGGAUAGUGAAAAGGCCAACUUUAAACCUUGUGAUGAAGCUUUUGCUUCUGGUUUUUCAAUUCCAGCCAGUGAUGAUAAAGUGAAGAAGACUGAGCAGCUAAAGUGUGAAAAAAUAAUAGAUGAUUUGCCGACAUUUGACCUUGGAUUUUGAGAUUGCAAUAAUGAUUAACAACCUUACACUAACAAUCUUGGCUUACACAUACCUAGCAUUGUUAUUGAUUUAAUGGCAAAUUCUGGUAAUUGUGUCACAGGUUAUCAUCUCCCCUAUGACGGAUGAUAAGAGGACAAAGCAAAAUUAUAAAUUUCUAGGAAUAUAAACUUCAUAUGUAUAGGAACUGUUUAAGCUGCACAAAAAUUAGCAAACUUUAAGUGAUAGAAUUAGAUCAAGCUCUUAUUUAGAAUGUGACGUGCCGUCCAAUUUUUUUGAAAAUUAGUUUUUUUUUUUUACGCUACAUUAAAUCGUGGCUAGUUCUGGUGCGCUAGUGUAUUUGUCAGAACUGCUUCAAGGGAAGGCUAAACGUACUUUGCAAAUGUAAACAACACACUUAGCAGCUUCAGAACAAAAGCGUCCACAAAACAGGGCCUCUAGUUUCUCUCAAACAUUAUCCAAAUAUUUGUAAAAUGUGUGAUCCUUUUUGGGUUUGCGCAUGCUAA